AUGGGCAUGGCUGUUUGUUGGCCGAUGCAAUGCUUCCGUGGCACUGCACAUGCGAAGGUAUGCUCACCGAACUCACGCAGCAAAGCUGGCAAACGCCGCCUCCUCAAGAAGGAACGGGACCAGCACCACUUGGCUGUUCCCUCUGAAUCGUUAGCAUUCAGUGAGUGUAAAGAACAAAGAAAUACUAGUCUCAGCGGUGAUGAUAAAGGGCAAAAGGAUCAAUCUGCGCAGAUACCCUCAUCUUUUUUAAACGCUGUGGGUAUUGAAGGGGAGGAUGUGGGUUCAGAAACUGGUGCAACUGAGAAUAAAUUGGGCGCCGCCUCGAAGGAGAAACAGGUGCAGCAAGUCACGAUGGAGGAUUCUGCAGGGGGUGUUGGUGACCAUUCGAAGCGUCAGAAACUGAGGGGGAAGCGAAAGUCAGUUUCUACAAGUAACACAACUUCACCACUGUUUCCAAGUGCAUCAUUUCGUAAAAAACAUGAGAGCAUACAUGGUGGGACGAUGUGGGAUGGAACGCAACGAUUUAAGAUGUCAUCUCGCACUGGGGGGGAUUCUACGCCGCGACUUCUCCGGGUUGCGAGUGGACGGAAGUCGCCAAACUCCACUGUUUUGGAGUUGCAUAGUCAUGUGGGUUCAGUGGCAGAGCUUAGCUUGGGGAGCAACACUCGCUCGACCCAAAGUGCAUUGGGUAGUGCUGAAACCACAAGGAAAUUAAUAAAUGCCAAAGCUGUCCUGCGCAAGCAUCUGCACCAGUCAUUGGUAUCCUCGUCGGAAAGUAUUAGAACCAGUAGUUGUCGUUCCGCAGUACAUACAACCCGAGCUGAGGGUGAUGUGAUGGCUGCGAGAAUCCCCGUAAAUCCUUUAGUUCAAUCUGACUUCUAUGGAGAAAACGCCUUGACGACACAAGCAAAUUGGGGGGAAUUUGGGGAUUGGAUGGUCGAAGAAGAAAGCGAGUGCAGCAGGGGCGAUAAUGCUAAACAUCGCAAAGACAACACAUUUUUACAUUCUGAAGUUUCCUCUUCAACACUGUCGUCAUUGUCUGUUUCUAGGAUUUAUCGCAGUUCCCUGAGGCCACGCGAGCAUUUGCCGGCAGAUCGACUCAUGAUUUGUGAUUUGAUGGAUUUCUCUGUGGAGUACGCAACCAGUGAUGAUCCACCGGACCACCUCUCUUGCCGUUUGAACGGGCGGGCCACCGUGCACGCUCCUCAGAAUACGGGUUUUCCGUCUUUUACAGACCUUAUUUCAUUGGGCCAUGCCUCACAAAUUAAUGGGGCAUAUCCUUUCGAAAGUGGAUUGGUGGGCGCGGAUAGCGCCAUAGUCUACGAGGAACAUAAGCUCUACGAAAGUGAACCUGAGCAGGACACUGCUUGCAAUACGAAUACGAAUGCGGGUUGGGUUGGCAUUGGUGGCGAGGAUGGUGUCGGGGACGAGGACUGGUAUGCGCGGCUUCGUGCCCGCCUUCACGUAGACGAAGCCGAAGCGAAAUCAGGAACCCCCAGCGGCACCGGGGGUAGUUGCGGCGAUGACGAGGGGGAGAAGGAAAAAGAUAUGUCUCCGGUGGUGGCGCGGGAGUGCAAAACCCCCCCGUAA